AUGAAAUACUUAGCAGCAUACUUAUUAUUGGUCAACGCCGGUAAAACCUCCCCAUCAGCUGAAGACAUCAAAUCCGUUUUGUCAGCAGCCGACAUUGAAAUUGAAGAAGACAAAAUUGAAAAAUUAAUUUCCGAAUUGGAUGGUAAAUCAAUUGAAGAAUUGAUUGCCGAAGGUAACGAAAAAUUAUCUAGUGUACCAACUGGUGGUGCUGCUGCCGGUGGUGCUGCUGCUGGAGGAGCUGCUGCUGGAGGAGCUUCCGAAGAAGCUGCUGAAGAGGCUGCUGAAGAAGAAAAGGAAGAAUCUGAUGAUGAUAUGGGAUUCGGUUUAUUCGAUUAA